GACAUCAGGACACUGUUGCUUUCAGAAUCAUGAUGGAGCUUUCAUAUCAAUCCAUGAAAGUCGCCCACCAAGCCCGGGAAGCAGAUGAGCUGAGGACUGAGAUGAGGAGGAAGAGCCUCCUCAUCCUCAUUUACCAACACCUGCUGGGGCAAGGGUACGUGUCUGCAGCAGUGGCCUUAGACCAGGAGACUAAUGGAGGUGUGAGAAGGUUCGAGGUCUGUGAUAACAUCGAUCUGGAGAUGGUGUUGAUGGACUACGAGAGUUAUCACUACGUCAAGUUCCAGAAAUAUCCCAAACUUAUCAGAAAAACAGCAGAACCAGGUGAAAACAGAAAUGCAAGAAGUGGUGGAGUAAAGAGGAGUCCCUGUUCAGCUGUGAAGCCUCUUCCCAAAAUCAACCCGUCUCAAAGCCCACAGUCUGGUAUAGGAGCCAAGAGGACACCUGCCUGUUCACAUAUAAAUGAGAAUGGCUCUUCUGUUCCUCCAGAGUCGUCAGAGUUUGGUCUCAACGUUUCUUCCAUCAAAAAUGGACCAGCUGGUGAGGCAGCCGUGAACAGAAAGGGCCAGAUGAUUGAUGGCAAAGGUGCAAUCCAUGACACAGUCAAAGGAGCUGGCAGUGACUCAGACCACAUGGAACGGCUGCUGAAGCCCCUCAGUGGCUUUUCUGGAAUGAGUGGUGAGAUGAGAGAACUUGCCACAAUCAUCAGCAGGGACAUCUAUUUGCACAGCCCCAACGUGCGGUGGGAGGACAUCAUCGGCCUGGAGGAUGCAAAGCGAUUAGUCAAAGAGGCCGUCGUCUAUCCCAUUAAGUACCCCCAGCUGUUUACAGGCAUCCUGUCUCCGUGGAAAGGCUUGCUGCUUUACGGCCCCCCAGGUACAGGUAAGACGCUGUUGGCCAAGGCCGUGGCUACAGAGUGUAAGACGACCUUCUUCAACAUUUCAGCCUCCAGCAUCGUCAGCAAGUGGAGAGGAGAUUCUGAGAAACUGGUCAGGGUUCUGUUUGAGCUGGCCAGGUACCACGCCCCAUCCACCAUCUUCCUGGAUGAGCUGGAGUCAGUGAUGAGCCAGAGAGGAACCAACAUGGGAGGAGAGCAUGAGGGAAGUCGCAGGAUGAAGACUGAGCUGCUGGUUCAGAUGGACGGACUGGCGAGAUCCGAGGACCUUGUGUUUGUCCUGGCUGCCUCCAACCUGCCUUGGGAACUUGACCAUGCCAUGUUGAGGAGGUUAGAGAAGAGGAUUCUUGUAAGUCUUCCCUCCUCGCCAGCUCGCCAAGCCAUGAUCUCUCAUUGGCUGCCUCCUCUCAGCUCCACAGGAGGGGUGGAGCUACGAACUGAGCUAGACUAUGAAACACUUGCGAAGGAGAUGGAGGGUUACUCCGGUUCUGAUCUAAGACUGGUGUGUAAGGAGGCCGCUAUGAGACCAGUCCGCAAGAUCUUUGAUGCUCUGGAGUCACAUAAGGAUGGAGACACUGACAUGCCUGCCAUCCAGCUGGAAACUGUGACAACAGCUGACUUCCUGGAAGUGAUCACACACACCAAGCCCUCGGCCAGGAACCUGAUGGACAGAUACACAGCCUGGGAGAGAGAAUACGAGUCUGUCUGACACUCAGGCAAUU